UUCGCCGGGGGUGCUGUGUGACGCUGUCCAGAAGGCAUACGGGCACAUAAGCAGACGAUAAAAAGGAAGAUGGCGCCGUCCUCUUGUUGCGCCGACGUCUGUUACCGCUGCUGCUGCUUCCUUGCACUUUUUCUGGCGACUUUUCUACUUCGCGUAGUAGACGCGGACCGACCAACAAAGUCAAAAGUCUACUACAUGGAUGACCUAUGCGGGUCGUCGCACACGGCUUCCAUCACGGUGGGAGUGGCGGGCCUCGAGUCGGCGGUGGUGCUGCGUGCCACCAAGCACCACAUCGACCACGAUUUCAACUGCACGGUGAACGUGACCACGAGGGUGGACCGGAGCCUGCUGUACAGCAUCUCGUUCCUGGAUCUGCCUAUGACCUGUCUUUCCUACCUGGAGUUGUGGGCGGACCGGCGGGACGCGCAGCGCUUCUGCCGAAACGUGGACGACCCACGCGGCAAGGAGGCCCACUGGGUGACGGCGCCGCAGCUGCUGGUCCAGCUGGUCACCUCGCGCCACGACUGGAACUACGAACGCAAGGCCUUCGAGAUCGUGCUCACCUCGUACCGGCAGAGCCUGCACUUCGACGGUUGCUACAAGGGCGAAUACCAGUGUGGCAACAAGUUCUGCAUCUGGCGCGAACUGACGUGCAACAACGAGAACAACUGCGGUGACCUGAGUGACGAGAAUUGCAUGUCAAAGACCCUGGCAGUGGCCGUGACCGUCGCCGCUGGAAUCACGGUGGUUGUACUCAUCUUCGCCUUAGUGGCCUACAUCAGAAAGCGUGCUCAAGUGGGACCACAUGACUUGUCUCGCACCACGAGCUCCCAGUCGGUUCACAGCGCGGGAUCGGGAAUUUCCGGUGCCUACGACACCACCUAUCGGCCACUGGUGGGAAAGCACCUGCUCAUGGAACCACUCUUGGAGGUGCCCAGCGUGCAGGUCUCUGGCCUUCCCAGCCGGACGUCUUCCGAGGACAACGUGCCGAACGAGGCCCAGGGUAGCGAGAAGCGACUGAGGCCCUGCAUUCGCUACGACCGGUCCGUGUCGGACCCGAUGUGAAAGACAGAAACGUGCUGCCUCGUCAACGAGAGUGGCUAAAUGGGAUGUUUGGAGGCAGAAGGACACGGAUGUGGACGGUACGGUACGGUCCUCUGUUAAAGGAAACACCUAGCUUGUAGAUAGGACAGCAGUCUGGGAAAGUUGGCUUUUUGUUUUCAGGACGAAUGUACAAACAGCGAAAAAAUGAUCAGAGCAAGAUCUAAACGACAAAGCCAGUGCUCUCUCAAAAUUGAAAGGUUCUUUCCAAAAAUCAUGCCACAUAUACGUAUGUCGAAGACACCACGCCGGCAGGUAUCUAAACAGCAUCACCCUUAAUGCAACGCGUGGAACAAGAAAAUGUAAGCUUAACAUGAGGAAACUAUCAUUGCAGUGUUGAGGUAAUCAGUACGAUGUCAUGAGCAAUUUUGAUGAUAUAGUAGAAGCAGCAGAUGAUAUCUAUUCUGAAGUCUACAUUACCUUACCGCCAUCCCUGAAAAGAAAAAUGUGCAAACAUUUUAUUUUACCGGUACUUACAUAUUG